AGAUGCAUUUGGGGAGAAUCUUGGCACCAAAUGGUUCAUCCUGGGCCAUAAAAUGAUUAACUUGAAUCUUGAAGAAGGGCAGAUCACCAUACAAAUAGUUUCGUUUACAUAGAUUAGGGGAGCAGUAUCGGAAUAUAACAUAGUGGUUUGUCAAGUAGGUUCUGAGCCAAGAGGCAGAACCGACUUGAAGACAGUUUGGGGUAAAUGCAUAUAGUACAUUAGCAUAGCUUAAGAUAAACGCUUCCAUAAGAGAAAGGCAUUGGUUCACUCAAGGUUUGAGAAUAGUUAACUUCAGGUGAAGCCAAGUGUCAUUAUGGCAACACAGUAUUUUAAGAGAAACCUCUUUUUAAAUUUGUAUGGAGAAGGAAAAAAUAUCUCUAGUUUGUUUCCUCCUGCCGCUUAAGAGAGAUAAAAAUGUCUGACACUUGGAGGCUACUUCCUCCGUUUGGAGACCCCUGGCCUUCCUGCCUGUUACCCUCUCAAUACUUUCAUGGUAGCAGUCUCUUAAAAUUGUUGAUUUGGGCCUAACCUGUGGUGUCUCAUAGAGAAUGUUUUAUGUGUCCUUGAGAUGCACGUGUUUUAUGCUUUUGUUGGGCCGUGUGAUCUGUACAUGCCUGUUCAACUUGAACGUUGAAAUCUCAUACUAUUCCUGUGCCACUAUUUCUGUCUUCCUUUCCCUUAACAUUUGCUUCAUUUUUCUGACAUAUCUAAUAUAAGAUGUAUAUAUUUAUUUUACUUGUUACAGCUUUUUGGUAAAUUGACCAUUUUAUCAUUAUACAAUAUUUAUCUCAUCGCACUUUUUUUUUCAUCAGUUUAUUUUGUCUGAUAUAACAGUCUCCCCUGCUCUCUUUAGGAUGGACUUUUUCCAUCCUGUGACUGUUCAUCUUUCCAUGUCCUUAGGUUUGUGAGUACUACCUGUUUCAACUCUCUGACAAACUCUGUGUCUCUUGCCCUGUGUUUUUCCUCCUGUUACUUCUUCUAGUGGCCCCUGCUCAUGCGCAUCGUAUGGUGGUGAAGGACAGACACCCUGGACAGCUCCUUUCAUGCCACUGUAAUUUCAGAAGAAAUAUUUUGAAUGUUUCCUUCCCAUCAUGAUGGUUCUUGAGAUAGUCUUGCUUAAUAACUAUAUUUUUUUCACAUUCUUUUUUUGCCAUGAUUUUUCAUUUUACAAGAAGUUUUUUUACUUUAAUAUUGCUAUAAUUUUUUUUUGUCAUAAUCUAAUGACUCUUCUAAUUUCAAAUCACUGUUUUAUUAAUGGAAAAAAAAAAGCAAAAAAGGUCUUUAGCGUCUGUUAAAGCCUUGCUAUGUAAAUUUAAGUGGAUAAAAUUGUAUUUGUAUUUUUGUAUAUGAUAAUUUUAUUAUGAAUUUAGUUCAAGUAUUUUUUUUUUAAUAUUUUUACCAAUUUUCUUUUGGUAGCCUAGUAUAGAAUGCUGUUGACAAACUCAGCUGAGUACAAAGAAUACAUUUUUAUCAUAUGAAAGAUGCUGAAAUACAUGUGAAUACAUGGAUGAUAUAAAAUUGUCCAAAAAAAUCUGUCAAGAGACACAUCCUCUCAUUUCAGUUACUUUUUAAUAGAUAUGUAUGCAUUCAUGUGCAAGUCUGUGGUUUAGAUACAAGACAUCAUUAUUUAAAAACUGCAUAUCACCUUUUUUUUUUGAGUUGAAAUUAUGUUAUCAGUAUAAUCUGUGGCCUUGAAAUUUUCUAAACAAUCCUAUUAGUGUUUUAAGUAAUAAAUUACUAUCAGUUGUGUUUCUGUAUCCGCAUCUAUAAUGACCUUUCAUGCCAUUCCACAUUGUUCGCUUUGAACUUUGCGUUUUUUUCAUAGUAAUACAAUAUUUAUUUGUUUUCCUUCUGUCAAACCGUGAGCCCACCACUUUCCCCAGGCUGCCUGGGGAGUUACGGGAAAGGGAAUAUACAGGGCAGACACGGGAGAAAGAACUAUGGGAGGUGGAAACAGCUCCUUCACAUCGUGAAGAAGAUGAGCUAGACCACCAUCAGGCAAAAGCGCCCCAUGGCCUUUGAGAGGGCCAAGCCCAUGGCGUAGAAGAGCUACUGUUUCAGAGAAGGGUUCCUGGCCUAACAGUGAUGAAGGUCCCGAACACAGUCCCACUUCCAGCCCCGGAGCCAGCAACCCCUGCUGUGGCAGCUCCAGCUCCAGUGAACUUGGCUGCUGUGUCAGAGUCCCUUGAAAUGGCACUGGUUUGGAAGCUGUGGCUAGGAAUAAGUGAGAUGGUCCGGGGACCUGGGGCUCCCAAGCUGCUGUGGCUCUCAUCGGUCAGUGUCUCCCGUCCUUCACCACCACUCUGGACAGUGAUCACUCAACAGCAGGGAGGUUCUCCUGAUCAAGAAAAACGACUGACCUCUGAGGAUGUGGCCAUCGAAUUCACUCAGGAGGAGUGGGAAUUCCUGGACCCUGCUCAGAGGGCCUUGUACAGGGACGUGAUGCUGGAGACCUACAGGAACCUGCUGUCUGUGGUUCUGGACGCCAGGAUUGUAAAAUGAACCCACAGCCCUGUGCUGCAUCUGGAUUCUCCAGGUCAGAAUACUUUUCCUUGCCUUUCCUGUUUCUAUAUGUUAUUUUCUUCCUUCGACUCAUUGUUUUCUUACUCUACCUUUGAAGGCAGCAAGGUGGCAUUAAAAUUUUUUUUUAAUAUUUAUUUAUUUUUACCAGUUCUUGUUUUAAGCACAUGGGAUCUUUAGUUGUAGCAUUCAAGCCCUUAAUUGUGUCAUAUAUCUAGUUCCCUGACCAGGGAUUGAUCCAGGGUCCCCUAUGUUGGUAGUGUGGAGUCUUAGCCGCUGGACCACCAGGGGAGUCCCAAGGCAUCUUAAAAUCUCUUUACCUUCCAUGACAUCACCGGUUUCAAGAUGAUUCUAUCUCCAUCUGUAUUUUUCUUAGAAGGACCUUUGGAAUUAUAUUUCAUUUACCAGUUCAUCCAAUCUAAUCUUCUGUGUCCAGAUUAUAACUAGAUCACAUUUGCAGACUCCCCUUGGACAUUUAAAGUAGUACUCAACAUGUUCUAGAUAAGAGGAUGUGGGCAGUAUUGGGGCAGAGGGGAGUGCAUUAUUCAGCCUACCACAGCCAGACUGUCUUCUCCUGAUGGGUGUACAAUUUUAACAUCCUUUUCUCUCCAUAUAGCUUUUAUCACUUUUUGUUAAAACAUUGAUUUGUAUUUAUUAAUUUGGCUAUGUCGGGCUUUGGUUGUGGCACCUGAGAUCUUCAGUCUUCCUUGUAGCAUCUUUUCCUUGCAGCAUGUGAAGUCUUAGUUGUGGCAUGUGGAAUCUAGUUUCCCAACCAGUGAUCAAAACCAGACCCUCUGCAUUGGGAGCACAGAGUCUUAUCCACUGGAUGGACCACUAGGGAAGUCCUUAUAGCUUUUAUUUACUUUACUCCCUGAAUUUACUGGCUAGAAUGUCUAAAAUGAUGUCAAUAGCAGUGCUGAGAAUGGACAUAUUGGUCUGCUUCCUAAUCUCUGGGGAAAAGCAUCCAGUCUUUCACCAUUGAGUAUGGUGUUUGCUGUAAGUUUUUGCAGGUGUUCUUUCUUGAGUUGAGGGAGGUUCCCACUCUUCUUUGUUUUCUGAAGUUUAUAUUAUAAAUGGUUGUUUACUUUUGUUAAAUGCAGUUUCUGAAUCAAUUGAUAAGACAGUUUGAUUUUCCUUCUUUUGUCUGUCAACAGUGUGGAUGACAUUGAUUAAAAUUCGAGAUAGCCUUCUAUCCCUCAUUCUAUAGCCCCAUUGGAUCACGGCAUACAAUUAUUUUUGUGUCUUGCUGAUUUCUAUUGCUAAUAUUUUGUUAACAAUGUUUGCUUCUUCAUGUGGGAUUUAGUUGGUAGUUAUCUUUAUCUUUUCUUUUCUUCUGAUACCUUUGUCUCCUAUUGUCUCACGGUAAUACUGGCCUCAUACAUUGAGCUGGGACGUGUUCCCUCCUUUUCUUUGGUCUAAAAGAAAUCAUGUCAAGUUGCUGCUAAAUCUUCUUUGUAUGUUUGUUCAGUUAGUCAGUUCAGUCGCUCAGUCAUGUCCGACUCUUUGCCACCCCAUGGACUGCAGUACUCCAGGCUUCCCUGUCUAUCACAAACUCCUGGAG